AUGCUGAGAGAUGGCAUUACAGGUGACUGGAUAGGAACCUUCAUUGGGCACAAGGGUGCAGUGUGGUCGGCCAGGCUAUCUUCAGAUGCCAAAAUUGCAGCCACUGGCUCAGCAGACUUCUCGGCGAGAAUCUGGGAUCCUCAGACGGGAGAAUGUCUACACAUCCUCAACCACGACCAUAUUGUGCGAGCUGUCGCCUUUCCCAUCCAGGAUAACCCACAAUGUGUAGCGACCGGUGGUCAGGACAAGAAGCUGAAGAUAUUUGACCUUACCCGGGGAGGUAGUGCUGCUUCUCCUGCUCAGGCAAAUGGCGGGUCACUCGUCACCCCAUCCACCACUUCCGACGGACUCGAGAUCGGACCAGGCCAACACGGCGGAAGUGUCAAGUCAAUCGUCUGGAAUGUUGACUACAACAUUCUUACUACUGCGUGCGAGGACAAGACCAUACGCUGGUGGGAUUUGAGAACUCAAAGCGUUGUUGCCAGCUUCAGAACGGAUCGAGAUAUUGGUUCAUGCGAACUCUCCACCAAUAGAUCGGAGGACAGUGAUCCAGGCAUCCUCAGUGUGGCCGCUGGACAUUCGUGCUUCUUUUUCGACGCUGGAAGACCUGGGGAACUGAUCAAGCAGGUCAACUUUGAUCAUGAUGUUGCAAGCGUAGCCAUCAACCCUGCCAGUGGCAGAUUUGUGACUGGUGGAAUCAAAGACACGUGGGUGCGAGUGUGGGAUUUCGUCCAGGAGAAGGAAUUGGAGGUUCUCAAGGGUCACCAUGGCCCUAUCUGGACGACUGCAUUCUCCCCUGACGGCAAGCUUUAUGCCACUGGAAGCGAAGACGGAACCAUCAAACUCUGGAAAGCGUGCAAAGAGGCUUACGGAUUGUGGCGCUGA